AUUACAUACGAGAUUCGUUUCUAUGUAAAACGGCGUAGUGUCUCACAAUUUUUACUAUAAAAAUUUAUUUUUAUUUUUAUUUUUCUGAAAUGUAAAAAUGUCUAAACAUUGGUUAAAUCUAAGAUGAGUUUCUGUAUCAUAUUUAUGAAGUAAACUAACCCCAAUAGUUUUGUAAAAGGCAGUAUGUUUUAUUGAUUACCAGGUGGUAAUUGUAAUCACGAUAUGGCAUCGCGCAGAUGGUUUCAUCCGAACAUAUCAGGUUUAGAAGCAGAACGACUUUUGAUGGAACGUGGAUAUGAUAGUUCAUUUUUAGCAAGGCCUAGUUCUUCUAAUCCUGGAGAUUUCACUUUAUCUGUCAGGCGAAACGGUGAAGUAACUCACAUUAAAAUCCAAAACACUGGUGAUUUUUAUGAUUUAUACGGUGGAGAAAAAUUCGCAACACUUUCGGAAUUGGUGCAAUUCUAUAUGGAAAACGAUGGACAAUUACGCGAAAAAAAUGGAGAAGUUAUUGAAUUGAAAUAUCCAUUAAAUUGUGCCGAUCCCACCACUGAAAGAUGGUUCCAUGGACAUUUGUCAGCAAAAGAGGCAGAGCGAUUGAUGUUGGAACGUGGUAAAAAUGGAUCAUUUCUUGUUCGUGAAUCACAGAGUAAACCUGGUGAUUUUGUGUUAUCUGUUCGCACAGAUGAUCGCGUGACUCAUGUUAUGAUUCGAACUCAGGAUAACAAAUACGAUGUGGGAGGAGGAGAUAAAUUCGACAGUCUCAGUGAUCUUAUAGAACACUACAAACGCAAUCCAAUGGUGGAAACAAGUGGAAGUGUUGUCCACUUGAGACAGCCAUUUAAUGCAACACGUAUAAAUGCCAGUGGAAUAGAAAGCAGAGUUAGACAAUUGCAUAAAGAAAAUGGAUGUUCGAAUGGAUGGCUGUGUUGGAAUGGUGCAGCGGCUGGUGAGGAAGGUGGAGCAGUACGAGGAAAAGGAAAAGCCGGUUUUUGGGAAGAAUUUGAAUCCCUACAGCAACUUGAAUGUCGACAUCUCUUCUCGAGGACUGAAGGAUUGCGAGCUGAGAAUCGAGCCAAAAAUCGUUAUAAAAAUAUAUUGCCAUUCGAUCACACGAGAGUUCGUUUGAUAGAUGUGGAUCCAAAUGUACCUGGUUCGGAUUAUAUCAAUGCAAAUUAUAUCAAAAACGAUGAGAGAGAAGGCUCGGGUGUUGGAAUUGGAAACAUUGGCGAUAAUGGACUAUUCAAUAAAUGUUACAUAGCUACUCAGGGAUGUUUGCCUAAUACAGUUCAAGAUUUUUGGCAUAUGGUUUAUCAGGAAAAUACUCGUGUAAUUGUAAUGACAACAAAAGAAAUAGAGAGAGGAAAGAAUAAAUGUGCCCGUUAUUGGCCGGAAGAAGGUGAAGUUAGUGAAUAUGGCGGAGAAUGGAAGGUACGAGCACUUGGUCGAAAUUCUACUGCAGAUUAUACUUUACGAGAAUUUCUCCUUCAAGGUAGUAAACCUAAUUUCUCUGAGCCGAGAAAAAUUUCACACUAUCAUUUUCAGGCUUGGCCUGAUCACGGAGUACCAUCAGAUCCAGGUUGUGUUUUAAAUUUCCUUCACGACGUUAAUGCGAGACAGGAAUUAAUUGCCGGCACCGCUUCGACCGGUGUUCCCAGUAGUCAAACACCAACGGCCGUUGGGCCAGUACUUGUUCACUGUAGCGCCGGUAUUGGUCGAACAGGAACAUUUAUUGUCAUUGACAUGAUACUGGAUCAAAUAAAACGCCAUGGCCUUGAUUGUGAAAUUGACAUUCAGAGGACUAUUCAGAGGGUAAGAUCCCAAAGAUCCGGAAUGGUACAGACUGAAGCGCAGUACAAAUUCGUGUACCUCGCUGUUUUGCAUUAUAUUGAAACUGUCUCGCAACGAAUGCAAGCCGAACAGAAAUCGUUGCAAUUAGGCCGAGAGUAUACAAAUAUUCGUUACAAAAGUGAAACAAAUGCCAUUAAUUCGGGUCUUGGAGAUACACCAAUUUCCACACCAACAAUGCUUUCUAGUUCGUUGAGUUUUAAUCUUCCCACAACGAUUGGAAGUCUCAAACCGAAAUAAGAGUAAAAUUUUUACGCGCUUUUUAGGCCUAAGGCCAGUCAUAGAGGCACAGUGAUUAUGUAUUAAAGAAAAAAAAACGACUGUCAUUCCUAAAUCGUUCGUCACAAUAUUUGAAACAGACUUUGAAAAUUGCAUAUUAUCUUAUUUAUUUAAAAUACAAAACAAAAAUAUUUCUAUCUACAGAAUGGCUAUAAGUAAAAUUAAGUCUACAGAUUUUUAUUUCUCAAUAUAGAAUUAAGAGAUUUAAAUUUAAAGAAAAAAAUCCGAUAAUAUAGUAAACAAAAACACCAUUAUUAUAUGAGACAAGAAAAUAGGGCCAUCUGGUAAUUUUUAUUUAUUACGAAACGAACAUUUUUUUUUAUCGUAUUACGUGAAAGAAGCGUUGCAUUAGAAAUGCAAUGAGCCUUUUCAAAAGCUGUGAAAUUAGUGUUGCUGUAAAUCCUAUGAUCGAUGAAAAUACCACAAAUAAGAAAAAGAUCUUCAUUAGAAUGUUUUACAUUAAUUAGAAGUGAAGAAAAAAGAAAACGAAAAUUAUAAAGAAAAAAGUAAUUUGAUAAUUGAAAUUAUAAAAAAAAAAAAUAAAUUCUAGAAUGCUUAAUUAUAUUUAGCUGUGUUUAGAAACAAUUGUGAAUCAAACGAUUUUGAAGUCACGUUUUCAAUCAAUUUUUUUUCUUUAUAUUUGCAAUAAUUAUUUACGUGAUACUCGAUUAAUUUUAUAAUUUCAUUUAAUCAACAAUUUAUCAAAUUUAAUGAUUUUUACGCGUUUGCAUGCUUUUUUUAUUUUUUAAUAAAAACCCCCCGAGUAGAUUUUUAUAUUAUUUUAUUGACAAAAAACAGUUCUCUUUCAUGUACACAAGACAAUCAAUAAUAAAGUUUUAUUCAUUGAAAAUCAUUAAAAUGGAAAUCACUAACAAGAUUUAAUAACAUUGUAAAAAUUUUACAAAAAGAGAACUGCAUUUUCCAUCAAAUUUUCUUGUUUAGUUUUUAUCAAAUCAAGUAUUAGUUGUAUUAUCGAAAAAAUAUAAAACGUGAUACAUAAAUCAACACAAUGCAUUACUAUUCAUAAAAAUUAAUUUUAAAGAGAAGAAAAAUAUUAAAACGUGAGAAAAAAAAAUUGUAAGAAAUUUUACGAAUAUAUUAAGAAAUAUUUAAUGCGUAGAUAGAAUAUUUAGAUUAAUCGAAAAAGCAAUUUUGUCAAUGUGUUCAUUUAUGUAUUAUUUUUCAUUAGUAAUUAAAAGAAUUCGAAUUUUAUUAUAUUGUUUUGGACUAUUUGUAGACAUUCGUAAGUCGACAAAAUUAUAUGCAUAAAAAUUAAUUAUUCAAAAAUGGACUUCGAUUAUGACUUUUAAAUAAUUUUUAUAUAUAUA